CUUGCAGCGGCGGUGAACAUUGAUUUCAUUUUUGUUAAACAUUUUUCGCUAAAAAUAUAGUUAAACUUUAAGCAAAUUACGCAAAAGUUGUAAAAAAGUUUUCAUAAAUCGCCGCUGAUCGUUGGUAGUAUGAAAUUUUUCGGCAAAAAUCAGAGUAGAUUGAGAAAAAUAGAAAUUUUCUUAUUGCCUUCACUGAUUGAAAACGAGCAAAGCACACUCUGUCUGCAGAGCUGUUAACGUCUGAUUUCGCAGCCACCUUAUCAAUUGUGAGGUACGCGCUAUACUUGCUGCCUUGUCUUGGCCGUAUUAAAAUAUUGCUGCUUUUUUUGGGGAGCACGACAAGUGCCAAGUGAUCUAAAAUGUGGUGGAUCCACUAGCAUAUAAUGUGUGUUUUCUUGCCAUUUUUCUAACAAUCAAAAUAUUGUAUAAAUUGCUACAAGGAAAAUUAAUAGAAAGUUUUGCCAAGAAAAACAAACAGCACAAGACAGCAAUUGGAAAUUGGUGUCGCGUUUGGAAAAACUUAUUGAUGCAUGUAUGACCUAAUGGAUAACAACUAUAGCCGCAUGCCACCUACUCAUCCGAACAGCAAUGGUGCUGUUAGUUCCGGUGAACACUUGGGAGGCAGUGUCACCCAGCAAAAAGCACCGCGGAAUUUUAAAUUGCUUUCGGAUCCAGCAAUUACGAAGGGUGCUAUCAAAUUGUAUCGUUUCGAUGGUGUUGUGCCGAAUGAUUCGACUUAUCCGUCGGUUAUGCCUCGAGAUCCUCGUAAUCCAGUGGUACGCUUACGGGCAAGACCAGUGGAACCCAUGGUCAUGUCUGUACCACGGCUAAAAAUUGACCAGAACUAUGUUGGAAGUCCACCGGCCAUAGAAAUAACAGUGACCAAUUUAAAUGACAACAUCGAUAAACAGUUUUUGGCGCGAAUGCUUGAUAAAUGUGGAGUGUAUGAUGAUAUUGUCAUUCAUCAUCAUCCCACCACAAAUAAACAUCUCGGCAUUGCAAGAAUUGUAUUUGAAAACGUAAAAGCUGCUCGACAAUGUGUUGAAAAAUAUAAUCAGAAAUCGGUAAUGGGAAAGAUUUUAAGCGUUUUUCAUGAUCCCUUCGGAAGUGUCUGCAAGCAAACUGUAGAAAAUUUAACGUCAACGAAACCUAAGCUUCCAACUGCCGCAAGUUCCUCAACAGGGACGAUAUCAGGGGCACCGCCAUUACCAAAUACAGAGGUAGAUGUACAUGUCGCGGCAGUAACAACAACGUCCACAGUUUCCCAUUCGGAAUAUCAACAUGAAUACCUAUCCCACGUGUCACAGGAUGGUUUUGAUUCAACAAUAUCAACCUACCAACAUUCUUAUCGGUCAGAUCGUGAAUAUGAAAGAUUUACGCAUAGUCGUGCAGACAGAUAUGUCGAGGACGAUAGGUCAUCAUAUCGUGAUAAGCGUAAAGAUCGAGAUGAAAGUCGUGAAAGAUAUGGGGGUGUAUCCAUUGGUCAGCGCCAUGAUAAAGAUCGUUCAAAACACCACCAUCAUUACCAUAAACGUGACCGUUCCAGAGAACGUAGUGAUGAACGCGGAAGCAUAAGCAUUACAAGACGCGAUCGAGAACGUGAUAGAGUGCGUGAUUAUGACAGAUCGCGCGAACGGGAUCGUGAUAGACGUGAUCGUGAACGUGAUUAUCGUGAAAGAGAGCGAGAACGGUCGAAUGAUAGGGAACGAGAUCGUGACCGCGAACGUUCCGCUAAGACACGUGGAGGUGAUAAGUAUAAUUCGACGUCACGCUAUUCGCGGGAUUAUGUGGAUACAGCUUCGAGUAGCACAGCUCCGAAACCUUAUCCUUCACCUAGCAGUGGUGUAUACUACCCUAUUCAGCCUGGUGUUUCGCAACCCUCUGUUCAUGUGGUGGGCUCAUCCAUUCCAGGUUCAUAUCCAUACCAUGCCUACGGAUAUCCAAGUGAAAAUCCUAAUCCUCACAUCUGGCACGGGGGUAAUAGAUCAUGGCCCGUCCAUCAACCACCACAGCAACCACAAAGCCAGCCUCCUCUGCCACCUCCUCCUCCGGAUGGAACACCGGACUGGGAUGAACCCGAGCCGCCGCCCCCAGGUGGAUAUUCCAGUCAGGAUGAAAUGACAUCUAGCACUUUGAAAAAGGAUCGAAAAGAAAAACCAUCCGUAAGUAUAAAGUCAUCGACGGAUAAAAACUCAAUUUCAACGGCGGAUAGGACAGACAUUAUAGCUGAUAGUGAUUUGGGUAAUGUUGAUUUGGACACACGGAUUGCACUCAUGUUCAAGGGAAAAUCGUUUGGCAAUGCCCCACCUUUUCUACAGAUGGAUAGUAGUGAUUCGGAUGCAGAAAAAGGUGGCCAAGGAGAGGAAGAAGAGGGCGAAGUGAAUUCAGAUUCGAAUGAACGGUCAUCUACGAAACGCUUAAAUAAGAAGAAUAAACGUCAAAUAACAUCAUCAAAGUCUAAUAGAAUGCAAACUGUCGAGCAUGGGGCAAGCGAUAUUUCAUCUAGUGACGAUGAGAUAUUGCUUAAAAAGGAUUCUUACAGCCCAAUAUAUCCAGGUCAUUUAAAACAAAAAGACGACGAUCGUAUGUCGCUUUCUAGUUUAUCAUCCAAUGAAGGCGUGAAAAAACAGGGAACAGAAACGGAUAAAACUAAACAAAAACCAUCACUUCCUUCGUCCGGCUCAUCGAUGGCUUUAUCUUCUGAAAUAAAUGCAAAUUUGACUGCUGCUUAUGUGUAUCCUGCCCAUCCAUCCUCAAAUCCUUACUAUUAUCCUGGAGGAGGAUAUCCUUCCUAUCCGGCUGCAGAUAAUGCUUCAGCACAGUACCUACAUCCCGCCUACAUACAAUCGUCGUAUUUGCCGGGUAUUAGCGGUAGCUUGCCAACAUUUGGGACGAAUGCUGCUACCACGUAUGGCGAUCCUUACGGCGAUCCGUAUAAAUUUUAUCGCAGCGAUGGUUAUUCCACAUACAUGGGCCAUCUUUCCAAUGUUUACGAUGAAGAUCCGUACAAAAGACACAUCGAAGAGGUAGUGAAGAGGGUAAGUGACGAACUUAAACAGAUAUUGAAGCGUGAUUUCAACAAAAAAAUGAUUGAAAACACGGCCUUUAAAAAUUUUGAAGGGUGGUGGGAUGAACAGAUACAAAAAAGUCGUCGACAUAAGAGCGAAAAUGAAAAAGUUGCAUCCGAAAAAUCCACCGGUAUUGUUCCGGUCGCGCUGAAUAGUACAACUGCGCCAACUACAAAUCGCAUAGAUAAACCACCUGAUAUUAACCAGUUAAUUAACAGUCAUCGAGAUUUAUCCGACUUUAAUUCGGCAUACCCAGCCCUAGGAUUACGUGCUUCGAUUCCUAAAUUGCCGUCCUUUCGUCGUAUUCGUAAACAGCCCAGUCCAAAAUCACAAAAGGCAGACGUUGAAAAGCAUCUGAGCGAUCAGGAAGAAAUGGUACACGGCUCAGAUUCCGAAAAAGAUGAUUCAAAUUUAAGCUCGAUCGCAUUGACAAACGCUGCUACUAGCGCCAAGGAUACGAAAGACUCCACCAAUCAAUCGUUCAAAACAAAGCCCUCAUCCAGCACUCCAGUCGCGCGAAUAAAACGAAAAGGUAGCUCUUCAAGUUUUUUUUCAUCUUCAUCGUCUAGUGAGGGAGAGAAUGACGAUGAUGAUGAAGACGAUGCGGAAAGAGAUGCAGACGGAAGUUCAGGGGAUGAAGAUGACAGUGCAAGCGAUGAUGAAUUAAGUUCAAUAACAGAUGAUGACAUAAAGAACAAAUCUCGAAAAGAAAAAAAUCUUCAAAAAACACGGCAGACAGUUACGCGAGAUCUCUACUCGGAUACCGAUGACGAUGAUGAUUUACCCAAAAGAUCAACUAUUCUUGUCGCAGCAAAACAAUCAUCCGCAACAAAUAGUGAUAUGGUGGCGAAAAAGAGUAUAUACUCCGACUCAGACGAGGACGCAAAAAUGGUGGAUAAGGAUUCCAAACUAGCUAAAAAAACAAGUCAUAAGAAGGAAGCUUCAAGGGUAGCAAUGUUACCUACAAACGCAUCCGACCUGGAAGACAUUAGCAAAGACAGUUCGCUUAGUUUAGGUGAAGAUUCACAAGACUACAAGACGGAUGGCACGAAAGCUCCCCUUGAAGAAGCGUCUAAAGUCAAAUCCGACGAUAAUAGUGAAUCUCAAUUGAAAGAACAGAAGGCCGGUAAUGAACACGAUGGCAAACAACUCGAAAUUAAACCCGAUCAAAGCCAAAGGAAAAGUGUAUUUGAAUAUGAUAGAAUAUAUAGUGAUUCCGAUGAAGAACGGGAGUAUCAAGAGAAACGAAGGCGUAACACUGAAUAUAUGGCUCAAAUUGAGCGAGAGUUUCUCGAAGAGCAAGAACGUAAAUUGCGUGAAGAGCAAGACGCAAGUGGAGCGGAAAAGACAUCAUCGACGACAACUGAAGAUAAACCCUUAACGACAGCAGCAGCUAACCGACCUUCUUUAGCUUUUUCACGUAAAUCUAUUAGCAUUGAAAUGCCUGUAACACCCGAUAUUACGAAGGUACCCCCUACUCCAGGUGCUCGAUUAAUGGGUGAACUAGGAUUGCUCAACAGUUCAAAUAUUGCUGAUGCGGAAAAACAACGAGAAAAGACUAGUGGAAAAGUUAAAAAAGAAAAGACUGCAACAAACUCCAAGACUGAAAUCGGUAGACCUAGAAAGGACUCAAAAUCAACAAUUCAAAAUGUUCAGAAAGUUCAAAAGCAUUUGGCGCCAGUGGAGAAAAUUGACGCCACAAGCGAACCGUCAUAUUCAAGUGUACCGGCACAUAUCACAGCAGACACACCACAUAACCUAUCUACGCAAGUUAGUUCAAACGGUUUUGCCUCUAAUGAAGUUAAAAUUCAGCCUACAGGUGCCCUCAGUAUCAAAAACGAAAGUGAGUCCAUUCUAAAAGCAAGUACAAUUGAGUCAAAAUCCACUAACGAACACCUUAUGGCAUUGAAACCGACGCCUUUAGAUUCCUCUCAAACAGAGGAAGAAAAUGAUGACAUUAAGAUGUCACCUACCUCAUCAGAUGGAGGAUCCAGUCAAGCUAGUCAAGCCAGCCAAGUGGCACUGGAGCAUUGUUACUCUUUGCCUCCAGAGGCAGAUACAUCGAAACCAAAGAACUCAUCAUUUUCACCACCAGCACAACACGGGGAAACUGCGCGGAAAAAACAACAAUAUUUGGUUCACGAUCAUGGCGGAUACGCUACUCCACCUACACCACGUGCAUCAAUUUCUGAUGACAUUGUUCCACCUCAUAUUUCCCAACAGUCGAGUACUGUAACUUCGACUAAGCCAGGACCUGGAAGGCCGCGUAAAGAUUCCGCCCGUACAAAAAAGAAAGAAGAAUCCAUGUCACACCGUGCGUCUGGGAAACGAACACAUUCUGCGGAGAUAUCAUCUGCAGCAGCUUACAACAAUUACGCCAAAGCAAUGGCUACCUUCGAGCCACGAGAAAUGUUUAAACCUCGCGAGGCCACCGAUGAAAUGAUGGUCCUUUACGAAUUUCUCACUCGUGGCAUCGAUGCCGAAGACAUUCAGUACGUACGGAAAUGUUAUGAAAUGCAUUUGCAGGAGGACACGUACGGAUUUUGGCUUAACAAUACUCAUUGGGUAGAUCAUUGCGUAACCGACCGUACAUUUGUACCGCCACCGAAUAAGAAACGUAAAAAGGACGACGAACUUAAGCGUCAUGUUACUGGCUGUGCUCGUACGGAAGGUUUUUAUAAAUUGGAUGUACGGGAAAAAGCCAAACACAAAUAUCAUCAUGCUAAAGCCAAUGUCGAAAACUCGCAAAGUGUGGAUCGUGCUGACGAUCAGUUAACGAAUCAGCACAAUAAACUGGUAUCAAAAAUGCAAGGCAUUUCACGCGAAGCCCGCUCCAAUCAACGUCGUCUUUUAACUGCUUUCGGUUCCAUUGGAGAAUCGGAAUUACUUAAAUUCAAUCAACUAAAGUUCCGCAAGAAGCAGUUGAAAUUUGCCAAAUCUGCCAUUCACGACUGGGGCCUGUUUGCAAUGGAGCCUAUUGCUGCUGACGAAAUGGUCAUUGAAUACGUCGGUCAAAUGAUUCGUCCAAUUGUAGCUGAUUUGCGUGAAACCAAGUAUGAAGCGAUCGGCAUAGGAAGUUCAUACUUGUUCCGCAUCGACAUGGAAACCAUAAUAGAUGCCACAAAAUGUGGCAAUUUGGCUCGUUUUAUAAAUCACAGUUGCAAUCCAAACUGUUACGCAAAAGUCAUUACUAUAGAAUCGGAAAAGAAGAUUGUAAUCUACUCAAAACAACCGAUUGGUGUAAAUGAGGAAAUCACUUACGAUUACAAAUUUCCAUUGGAAGACGAGAAAAUACCAUGUUUAUGUGGUGCUCAAGGAUGUAGAGGGACUCUCAAUUAAAUUUAUUUUAUUUCUGCAAUAUGGGUUUACUACUUUUUGUUUUUUUCUUGUACUCGAUUAUCCCGGUUUUUUAUUUUUGAUUUAUCUUUUGUUUGUUUCAAAUCAAGUACACACACACACUUUACCUCAGUUAUAUAUUUUAUAAGUGUAACCAUGUAUGUCCCUCACUCGUUGAGUAAUUUAUAUUUUGGGUAUUGAAACGGCACACUUUAUAAUACUAUUGGAAAGCUAGGUUAAUUGUGAAAUUAUUCCUAUUAUAAGUUGACAUUUAGUAUAACGAUAAUGUUGAAAACAAAAGCAAUCAACAAACAAUUGGAAUUACAAACAAUCAUAAAUACGUAAAUAUUUAACUGUUUUAUACAUUUAUUUUCCUUUUUGAGCCACUGUCAUCUGCAUUUGGGUCAUAAUGAAGGAAACAUUAAAACCAUGUUCUUUUUCAUUGUAAAUAUUUUAGCAGAGCUUUUUUUGUUUUUCCUUUUGUUUGAAUUGUUUCAAUUUAUAUACAUAUAUUAAAACAUAUAAAUAUUAAUUCAAUUUUAAGUAAAUUUCACACAUUUUUUUAUUAAACAUAAUAUGAAACUUUUUAAUGCUUAAUUCAAUUUUAAAUUACAAAUUAGGGCUUUUUAAGAAACUAUGGUUGCAUUAAAAAUUUAAAUAAUACACUUUGAAAUUAACUAAAACAAAAUACAAACACUUACAUGCAUAAAUAUGAUGUAGUCUUUAAUUUUUAUUUAAAAUUAAGAAUAAUUAUUAGAAAAAAAUAAAAUAUAUACACUUGUAUGUAAAUAGUUUUAAAACUAUAAAAAAAUCAUAAUUUUAUUAAUAAUAAGAACUAUAUUCAUUAAGUUAAUAAUAAAUAUACUAUACAUACAUAUUCCCCAGCGCCACUUCCUUCUAUAAAACACUCAAGUGUUGUAUGUUGUUCGAUAAUGUUAAAAUAAUUUAAAAAAUAAAAAAAAUCAUGUCAAGAAA